AUGGACAACAUUCCGGAAGACAUUGUCCUUGAUGAUCUCGACGCUCUUCCUUACGACAAUGAUGUCCCCUAUGAAGAACAGCUUCCAUCUCAUCCCGAGCCCAUAUCACUCGCCGACCGCAUAGGUCGCAACAAAGUAUAUUUGCUCUCAGAGACAUCUCUUUCUCGAGUCGGCAAGAGAAAACGCGGCGAAGAGGCAACCCAGAUGAAAGCGGAGGAAGAGGAAGAGGAAAUGGAUGGAGACUCGUCUCGCAGGAACAAUGCUAUCUUAUUGGUCGGCUCACCCAUCUCGCAUCUUCCAACCGACCGAUUAUUCGCCUACGCAAAGCACUUCAAUGCCACGCCUAUGGGCUUAGAGUGGGUCGACGAUACCACCUGUGUGCUGGUCUUUCCGGCCAAGUCGGAAGCACAGACCGCAUUCAGCCUUCUGCAGAAGACGCUCGACGAGACGCCAGACGAAGAGGGCUUUUCAACGGCCAAGUCUAUUCCUAUGACGUUUUGGCCACCAGAAGAACGUAUCAGCGCCAGCCUCGGUAAAGGUGAGGGCCUGAAGGGGACAAUUCGGAUGCGAUGGGCCAGAAACGAGGAUACCAAGAAGAAGGGUGCCAGGUUGGAGAGCCAGUUUUACAAGAAGCACGGUGUGGACGCAGGCAAGGAAGUAGUCGGGGCGCGAAGUCUGGUUACCGCCAUCGAAGAGGGAGAUUACGAGGGACGAAAUUCGUCAAAGCGGAGAAGGAGAGACGAUGAGCCCAUCAAAGCUCAGCUCGACGAUGACAUCGAGACAUUCUUACGUGAGGACUCGCCAGAGGAAGAGCCGCCGCUGUCUCCACCAUCGAAAAUGCGAUCAGACUACAUCGGAUCCGAUGGCAGGACACUCCUGGAGCGCACGUCGAUGAUACGCGCGCAUCCAGAGACGCUAGCUUCGCGGAUCAUGAUUGAGCUGCCACGUCGCGCGCAGGGACGAGAUAGGGAUAGGGAUAGAGAUGAAGGUGGUAGGGCGCCAAGGGCAGGGAGAGACGGCCGGAGGCGGACAGCAGAUAGAGAGGGGCCUACACGGAGACGACGGGGUGGUGGCAGAGAAGGACGAGAGCGUACCGAGCCGAGAGAGAAGAAAAGCCAACAAGAGCUUGACGACGAGCUGGAAGCAUUUUUGAACGAACGAGACUGA